GAUAUCGUUGUCACCUGGCCCUACAAGAUGAAUGCCUUGUUCUGUCUUGAUCAGCCUCACAGCUCGCUGCACCAGCCUGGAACGAGCGCCCGAGCAGGUCCGGCCUUUUGCAAUCAGAAUCUCGCUCGAGUGUCAAAGUCGAGCCGAGCGCCGGUACCGCCAAACUUCCAAAUGCGCAACCCCACCUUUCUCGGCCGCCGCAGCCCAUCUAUAUAGCAAGGCCAGGGUGACACCAAGUCCACCCUUGUAACAACUGCAGUCAUGGUCCAGAAUCUUCUGCUCAAGUCGGCCGUAGGUGCACUGGCUGCAGCCUACCUCGACGCCAAGUAUUUCAUCUCGUAUGAUUUGCAUGCCAUCAAGGCACUCAUCAGGACGCGAAAGAACAUCGCGGCUCGUGAGGCCAGCGAUCGAUUCAACAUGUACUACUACCUCGAGGAGAACCAACAGGCCAAGCCCAAGGCGCUCUUCAUGAUUUACCAGGGGAAUGAAUGGACCAACAAUCAAGCACUCGAAUUGACCCACAAAUGGGCAUCUUACUUCAUGUCUCUGGGUAUUCAGAAGGGCGAUAUUGUGGCACUCAACUUUACCAACAAACCAGCCUUCAUCUGGGCCUACUUUGGCUUGUGGGCUAUCGGUGCAACCCCCGCAUUCAUCAACUUUAACCUCACUGGCCAGCCUCUACUUCACUGCAUCGGCGUUUGCAAUGCCAAGCUCAUGGUGUUUGACUCCGAAGUGGCAGACAAUGUUGAGAAUGUAGCGGAAACCUUGAAAAAGCAGGACAUUCAGCUGAUUUGCUACAAUGACGGUCAGGUACCAGACAUCAACUUUGCACCGCAAAUUAAGGACCACGACAUUGCUACCUUGCCAGACACAAAGCCAAACAAGGAUCUGCGCUCUGGACAAAAGGCAACAGACAUUGCCACGCUCAUCUUUACAUCCGGCUCGACCGGUAUGCCUAAGGCUGCCAUUGUCCCCUGGCUCAAAUACUCACAAGGUGCCUAUACCUCUGCUGCUCUUGUGGGCAUCAACGAAAAUGACCGGUUCUACUCCUGUAUGCCACUGUACCAUGGAACUGCAUCCGUACUCGGCAUUGGUAUCUGCGUUCUGUCAUCAUGUACAUUUGUUUUGGGACACAAGUUUUCAGCCUCGUCACACUGGAAGGAAGUCUCCGAGUCUGGCGCAACCAUUGUUCAGUAUGUUGGUGAAGCUUGUCGCUUCUUGACUGCUUCAAAGCCAACACCGUAUGACCGCAACCACAAGGUCCGCAUGGCAUUCGGCAACGGUAUGCGUCCUGAUGUCUGGGAACGUUACAGACAGCGAUUCAAUGUCCCAACUAUUGUUGAAUUCUACGCAUCCACGGAAGGUGUCGGCGGCUCAUUCAAUUACAACAACAACAGCCUCGGCGCUGGCGCCGUUGGCAAGAUGGGCAAACUUGCUGGUACGAUCGCGCGUGCGGGUACGACCAUCAUUCGCGUCAAUCUCGAUACAGAAAAGGAACUGCGUGAUCCCAAGACUGGAUUGUGCGUACAAUGUGGAGAAGGCGAGCCAGGUGAGUUGUGCUACCAGAUUGAAGAAGGCAAUGCAGAAAAGACUUUCAGGGGUUACUACAACAACGACAAGGCCACCGAAUCAAAGGUCAUUCGCGAUGUGCUCGUCAAGGGAGACAAGUAUAUGCGCAUGGGCGACUUGAUGUCUCGUGACAAGGAUGGCUUCACCUAUUUUGUUGACAGGCUAGGUGAUACAUUUCGCUGGAAGGGAGAGAACGUGUCCACUACGGAGGUUGCUGAAGCUAUUGGAAACUUCCCAGGCAUUGCAGAGGCAAAUGUGUAUGGUGUCCAGGUUCCUGGGCAUGAAGGACGAGCUGGUUGUGUGGCGAUUGAUCUCGACCACGAACGCCCACUCAACUACAAGGCCCUCGCAGCACAUUGUCAAAAGGGCCUGCCCAAGUACGCUGUACCGCAAUUCUUGCGUGUCGUGUCAAAAAUGGCGGCGACGGGCAAUUACAAGCAACAAAAGGUUGGUUUGCGGACUGAGGGUAUCGAGCACGAGAGGGUGGGAGAUGACAAGCUAUUCUGGCUCAAGGAUGGCGAAUACGUGCCGUUCGAGCGGGAGCACAUUGGACAUCUUCUCUCCGGCAAGGCAAGAUUGUAGCUCGUAUAUGUAUACUUAUCGUUGUUGUCAUAUU